AUGACAGGUAAAAUUUUAAGAAAGAAGAAUAAGCGAAAAAACAAUGGAUCAAAAAAAAAUGGUGGAAAAAAAGGUGAGAAACAAACUGAGAAGAAUCAAAUUGUUUUUAGAAAAAAAAUAAAUAGCUUGUUAAAUGAAACUACAUAUAAGAAAAAGGAUAUCGAAGAAGACAAUACUAAUUCUAAUUUCUUAUUAAAUGAAUCAUACCAAACAACAUAUAGUGGACUAAGUGAUAGUGAUAGUGAAACAUGCAAUCAAGAACUUAUUGAUUUCUAUCGAAGUUUAAUACCAGUUGUACCCUAUCCAAAUCUUAGCUAUAGCAGUAGCUGCAGUGAAUUUGAUUACUCCCCAAGAAUACCUUUAACUUUAUCUCAACUAGGUGUAACAAGACAUCCUGAUGAUAUAACAACUGAUGAUGAUGUUUUAACUGAUUGGGAAGAUGAAACUGAAAGCAGAGAACCAUCUUGGCCUUGUUUAAUAAGAUAUCCUGAUGAACUAACUACUGAUGAGGCAGAUAGAACUGAUUAUGAGGAAGAAAGUGAAAAUGGAGAACAAUCUUGGUCUCAUUUAAUAAGAUAUCCUGAUGAAUUAACUACUGACGAGGCAGAUAGAACUGAUUAUGAAGAAGAAAGUGGAAAGGAAGAUGGUACUCAAGAAGAUGAAAUAACUGAAGAAAAAGAAAACUCAACAUAUAUUAAUAAAAAAAGUCGUCUAACAACGUUGCUUCUACAAUUAAAUCUCCAAAAACAAAUAUAA